UGAGCUCCUAGGGUUUCGUCCCCGCGAUGGCCGCCGCCAUGGCUCGCAAGCUGCUCUCCCUCCUCUUCCUCUCCUCAUCCUCAUCCUCCUUCCUACGCCGCGUCCCCUCCUCCCCGGCCCUGGUGGAGCUGCUGCGCCCAGCGGUCUCCUCCUUCCGCCUUGGAGGCGCCGCGCAGGGCAUAGUUGGAUCGUCUAAGCCCUGUGACUUGAUAUCGUUCCAUCGUUGGAUGUGUCACAGUGAGGAAGAGGCCAAUAAGAAGAUUUACAAUGCCUCUUGUCAACGCUACUUCGGAUUCGGGUGUGAGAUUGACGAAGAUACAUCAAACAAGCUUGAAGGGCUUCCUGGUGUUCUGUUUGUCCUCCCGGAUUCAUAUGUUGACCCUGAAUACAAGGACUAUGGAGCCGAGCUGUUUGUGAACGGGGAGAUUGUUCAGAGACCUCCAGAAAGGCAGAGGAGGGUGGAGCCUGUGCCUCAGAGAGCAGCAGAUAGGCCCAGAUACAAUGACAGAACCCGCUAUGCGCGACGUAGGGAGAAUCAGAACCAGCGGUGAUUUAUGAGGACGCUGAACGAGCUAGGAGCUUGUGGUGUUCCAUUUCCUUUCCUGAAUGUAGCUGUGACCUAGGAUCGGAUCAACAAAGCCAUUUUAUUGCCCUGUAGCUGUCUCGGAAGCAACAAUAUGCAAUCUGAAAUGGAGGAAGUGCAUGUGGAA